AUGGCUAGCUUGUGGCGGCGGCAGUGCGUGUCCCCUGUGUGUGCCCAGAGUGUGGAUCCCAGCUGCGUGGCUGGGUUGCCUGUGAUCUGGGCCCGGAAGCUUCUUUCUGUUCCCUGGCUUCUGUGUGGGCCCAGAAGAUGUGUGACCUCCAACUUCAAGGCUGCAGACCUCCAGGUUCAGGUGACAGGAGAGCCACAGAAGAAGCCGGCCCCCAGCCAGCCGCUGCUGUUUGGCAAGACAUUUACAGACCACAUGCUGAUGGUAGAGUGGACCCGGAAGGCAGGCUGGGGCCCUCCCAGGAUCCAGCCCUUCCAGAACCUCACACUGCACCCCGCCUGCUCUGCCCUGCACUACUCCCUGCAGCUCUUCGAGGGCUUGAAAGCAUUCAAAGGCAGGGACCAGCAGGUUCGCCUCUUCCGGCCCUGGCUCAACAUGGACAGGAUGCUCCGUUCUGCGAGGCGCCUCUGCCUGCCAGGCUUCGACAAGCAGGAGUUACUAGAGUGCAUCCGCCGGCUCAUUGAAGUGGACAAAGACUGGGUCCCCGAAGGCAAUGGAGCGAGCCUCUAUGUGCGGCCUGUGCUGAUCGGAAAUGAGCCCUCGCUGGGGGUCGGUGCUGUCACACAAGCUCUGCUGUUCGUCAUCCUUUGCCCUGUGGGCUCCUACUUUCCUGGGGACUCCAUGACGCCUGUCUCCCUCCUGGCUGACCCCACGUUCAUCAGAGCCUGGAUAGGUGGGGUCGGUGACUACAAGGUGGGCGGGAAUUACGGGCCCACUGUGGCAGUGCAACAAGAAGCCCAGAAGAAAGGUUGUGAGCAAGUCCUCUGGCUAUACGGGCCGGACCACCAGCUCACUGAAGUGGGCACCAUGAACAUCUUCGUCUACUGGACUCAUGAAGACGGGGUGCUGGAGCUGGCAACCCCCCCACUGGAUGGCAUCAUCCUGCCUGGAGUGGUGCGACAAAGCCUGCUGGAUCUGGCCAGGACUUGGGGUGAGUUCCGGGUGGCCGAACGUAAAAUCACCAUGAAGGAACUGAAGCGGGCGCUGGAGGAGGGCCGUGUUCGGGAAGUCUUCGGGUCGGGCACCGCUUGUCAGGUCUGCCCAGUGCAUCAGGUCCUGUACGAAGGCAAGCAACUCCAUAUUCCCACCAUGGAGAACGGGCCUGAGCUCAUCCUGCGCUUCCAGAAGGAACUGAAGGCUAUUCAGUACGGAGCCAGUGCCCACGAUUGGAUGUUUCCGGUGUGACACUAUGGGCUGUGCCCUCACUGGUUGGAUCCGCCCUCAGUCCAGCGUCCUUGCCUCCCAGAAACUCACAAGAAGUGCAAUAGGAAAAGGUCUGGCCAGACAGCUCGGUCUCUGGCGCCCUCAUGUGGUCCGUACACUCCAAAGCCUUAAGGGCGGGACCCAGGCAAUUUGGACCCCGCCUCAAAAUUUUGCGUCUCAGGGCUCAGGGGCUCCGCGCUCUGGUGUUCAAGGGAGAACCCCCGGCCUCUUCUCUAUCUCCGUUCUCAGGCCGGAUCCCCGGUGCUCUCCGUGAUUUUUUUUUUUCUCUCCCUCUCUGUAUUUGCUGCAAUUUUGAAAUAAAAUGCCAAAGAACAAGACAUUGGCUGUCCUGCUCCAAG